AUCCCAUUUUAUUCCAUUUGUUUUUGGUGAGUUCAUAGAAUUUUUUAUAUUGUCUGCGAAUAACAACAACCAAUUUUGAAAUCCUAGCGUUGCUGUUGCCUUUUAAGAGAUAUUAAGUUGGGUUUUAUUUCUUCUUCUGCUGGAUUCGAAGAUUUUGGGGUCAGAGGGAUGGCUAGUGGGAUUGGUGGAUCAUCAAGCAGGCCAUCCCAAGGCCCUUCUUCCUCUGCUAAUAACAAUGGUGAUGCAGGUAGCUUUGAAUGCAACAUUUGUUUUGAGUUAGCUCAAGAUCCAAUCGUGACCUUAUGCGGCCAUCUUUUUUGCUGGCCUUGCCUUUACAAAUGGCUCCACCAUCACUCACGUUCAAAGGAUUGCCCAGUUUGCAAGGCCUUUAUUGAGGAGGAUAAGUUGGUUCCUUUGUAUGGUAGGGGAAAGUCAUCAACUGAUCCAAGGUCAAAGUCAAUUCCUGAUGAUAACAUUCCACACCGGCCUACGGGGCAGAGGCCAGAAACUGCUCCUCCGCCUGAUCCAAAUCACUUUCCCCAUAACGGUUUUGGAAUCAUGGGAGGUUUGGGAGGCAUGGGAGGGUUUGCUCCAAUGGCAACUGCAAGAUUAGGGAAUUUCACGUUGUCUGCAGCUUUUGGUGGUCUAAUCCCAUCUUUGUUAAAUCUUCAGAUGCAUGGUUUUCCUGAUGGUCGAAUGUAUGGUGGUGCAGCCGGUUUUCCUCAUGGGUUCUCUAAUUCAUUUCAUGGUGGCAAUGUGCAUAGAAUCUAUCGGCACCCAGCUCAAGGACAGCAGGAUUAUUUUCUGAAAAGGCUGCUUCUGUUUGUUUUCAUAUGCGUCAUUUUUGCUCUUUUAUGGCAGUAGAUUAAGAACGCUAUCACGGCUGGAACUGCUAACGGUUACCUAGGGUAUGCGCAUCUGUAAAUCUCUUAGUACAUCUUGUCUUUGGUUUUCUUUUUCUACUAUUCUAUUCCAGGAGUUGUCCAUAUAACGAUUUUUAGAUGCAUUUUUCUUUCUUUCUGUUGUCGAAUAUGUUUUGCACCAGCAUGUGGAAUAUGGCUUUCAUGUAUUCAUUGUUUGUAGUAGAUGUAACUAGUGUAUAUGUAUACACCAUGUUGUUGAUGAGUGAAAUUUUGUGUUGUCUCUCGACCAGGAGUGGGAGGGAUGUAAAAUACUCUACUAGUAUGGAUGUGUGAUGCUGCAGUAGUCAUGUAACUCUUAUGCCAAUUUGCUAUACUGUGUUUUCUUCUUCUUAGGUUGUGGUGAAUUUCUCAAACCAGCUUGUUGAUGUGUGAGAGUGAUUCUACUAUUUCGGAAGUUGCUUUUCUUCGAAUCGUUGAUAUUGGAGUUAAAAUUUUCUCAGUUGUGUACUGGUGUUUUGCCUUCCUCUUCACCUCCCAAAUUGACAAGCCAUGUCUGCGAAUCAAUUUCAAGUUAAAAAUGCUAGUUUUUAGGGUGUGCGUAGAAAGAUUUACAAAUGUAAAUAUAAGUGAUUUCAGUUUUAAUAUUUUAUAUGAUAAAAUUAGCAUUCUUCUCUGUAAGGUAGUUGACAUUAUUGUGUUACUGCAAGAACAAUCCAGGAGUGUUCUUGCUUUGGUUGUAUGUCAGUAGAAUGUGCUGGGGAAAGGUUCAGUUUUGUGAAACAUGCCUGUUUUUCCCUCUAAGCUUUGACAUGUAGCUUGCUUUCUCGUUUCUGUGAUGAAAUACUACUAUAUUUGUGUUUAAUAAUGAGAUAUUAUUUUGGUUUAA